CAGUGUACGCGAACAUUGAAACUGGGCACACGCACAAGACUUGAAGAUACGACAGAUUUUAUAUGAAGCUGUGGUUUUUUUUGAAAAACUACCGGAUUUUUUUGUUCAACUGAAGCCGAAAGGUCUGGACCUCAGAGCUGAAAUUUCCAAACCUAGUCCUGUGAAGAAAGCAACAGAAUGGAUGCAGCUCCUGGGUAAAGUGAAUCAUGUCUCCCGCUGUCUUUCUGUCACUGCUGGCUGUGUUUUCGUGUCAGCAGCGGGUCAGCUCGGGCUCCUACAUUCCCAUGAACCAGGCAGAGUGGUCUUUUAACUCAACAACAGCCACGAUGCUUCAAGGCAAGGAUGAUAAGUGUGACCUUGUGAUGAACAUCAAUGCUUCAGACCGCUGUGCCUUCGUGAGAAACACGUCCGACUGUAGCAUGGAGGAUGGCUUCAUCAACUACAUAAGAGUGGCCUUCUGUCUACUGCCUGAUAACCUCACACCCCUCGUCAUCACUCUCUGUAUUAUAUGGCUCCUCUUUCUGUUUGUUAUCCUUGGACUCACAGCAUCAAAAUUUUUCUGUCCCAACCUGUCAGCCAUCUCUACCAGUCUGCACCUCACUCACAAUGUGGCUGGUGUAACUUUUCUUGCUCUCGGGAACGGAGCUCCAGACAUCUUUAGUGCUAUCGCAGCUUUCUCCAACCCUCACACUGCUGGACUGGCUGUCGGAGCCUUGUUUGGAGCUGGGAUAUUCGUCACCACAGUGGUCGCAGGCAGCGUCGCUCUGGUGAAGCCAUUCACCGUGGCCUCACGCCCAUUCCUGCGUGAUGUCACCUUCUACAUGGCGGGCGUGUUUUGGACUUUCUUCAUGUUGUACAGAGGAACAACAACACUGAAAGAAACACUUGGCUACCUGGGUCUGUAUGUGGUCUACGUACUGACUGUUAUCAUCAGCGCGUACAUCUACAACCGGCAGAAAAAUUCACUUCUCUCAAGUGACCAGACCAUCCCACGUGUUCCAGCAGCUGAUUUUCAUUCGUCUGACUCGUCUGAUGAUGAUGUUCCCUGCGUGCUCGAAGGCUCCAUUCAGCACGAGUACGAAUCAGAGUACAGACCACUCCUGCCAUACUCAGAGGGCACAGCUCAGAUCCUGCUGAACGCUCUGAACCCUGUGGACUGCAGGAAGUGGAGAAGGAAAGCAUGGCGGUGGAGAGCUCUUAAAGUGCUAAAGACACCUGUAGAUUUCCUGCUCCUGCUCUGUAUCCCCGUAGUUGACCCUGAUAAAGAGGACAAGAACUGGAGACGUCCGCUGAACUGCCUUCAUCUUAUCACGUCUCCUCUGGUGUGCGUGCUCGCCUUCCAGUCUGGAAUAUAUGGAGAUUAUAUGAUCAAAGGGCAGUUUCCUCUCUGGCUGCUGAUUCUGCUGUUAGGGCUUUUCCUGUCUGGGAUUGUCUUCUGCACCACCACAAACGAUUGUCCUCCAAGAUAUCAUUCAAUGUUUGCCCUCCUGGGCUUCGUGGUGAGUGCAGUAGUGAUCAGCGCAGCAGCCUCUGAAGUGGUCAGCCUUCUGCACAUGCUUGGUGUGGUGCUCAGUCUCAGCAACACUGUACUUGGUCUAACUCUGUUGGCCUGGGGCAACAGCAUAGGAGAUUGUUUCUCUGACAUUACCAUAGCUCGGCAGGGUUACCCACGGAUGGCCAUUUCUGCCUGCUUUGGAGGCAUUAUUUUCAACAUGCUAUUUGGAGUCGGUUUAGGAUGUCUGAUGCAAAUAUACAAAACACACUCUUUUGUGCGGUUUGAAGUCGAGGGUUUGCUGACGUGGGUUCUUGCCGGUGCUCUUGGUCUGUCUUUGGUCCUGUCCUUUGUCAUCGUCCCUCUGUGCCGGUUCCACAUGGGUCGACCGUACGGCAUCUUCCUCCUCCUCUUCUAUGUCAUCUUCCUCAUUAUUGCACUGCUGACAGAGUUCGGAGAGAUCCACGUCCUAAAGAUCUAAUCCCGAGGCCAGUCUGAAAAGAGGGAUUCUUCACUAUAAAGCUCCAUAAGACACUUGAGCAGAGGCUGCACUUAGUGUAGAUCUACUCAUCGUAUUAAUGCACUAUUUAUAUAACAAUCAUGAUCUUACUGUGCGCACUAGCCCACUCUUCUAUAAAAAAGGGCGUCAAAUAAUUGACAAACUCUACUGCACAGGGACAGCCCAAACUAAUUAUCGCAUUGUGCCUUUAUUCAACUUGUGCUGACUGAGGCUGUGACGGCACUUUGUGAGUCCACAGGGGAAAUAAACACAUGUAUUUGUAAAUGCAAACAUUGUGAAUGUACUAAAUGUACUGAAAUCAAAAUGUUAAAAUGACCCUGUACAAAGCUGCAUUAAGGGGCAUUAAAUUCA